GCUUCCAUCCUUGAGCCCCACAGCUCUCAGGGAUCCACUUCCUGUGGCUCUAGAAACAAACGUGGCUCAGUGCAGAAACCCAGUGUGGCUCUUCUUGAAAAAAGAAAAUGAACUCUGCUCAACUCUGCAGCUGCCUAAAAAUUCUGAAGAAUGAGAGAGAAAAAAUUCUGGAGUAUAAAGCCAAUGCAGAAGCUGAAAGCCAAGACCUUCUUAAACAAACUGAAUCAGAGAAGGCAAAGACAGUGGCUGAGUUCAGAAAACUGCAUGAGUUUCUGGAAGAACGAGAGAAGCUUCUGGUGGCCCAGAUGGAAGAGGUGAAGGAGGACAUUAUGAGAAAAAGGGACGAGCACCUGGCCAUACUCUCCGGAGAAAUCUCCUCUCUUGACAGUCUCAUCCGGGAGAUGGAGGAGAAGCAUCAGAAGCCAGCUGAGGGUGAACUCCUGCAGUUAUAUUCUUUAAGAGUUUUGUUAAAAGGCCUGAUGAUCCAGUGCUUCACCUCUGUUCUCUUUGCUUCUCCAGAGACUCUGGUAUUUGGACAUCGGUUGCAGAAAGCAAACGUGACUCUGGAUCCAGACACGGCUCAUCCCCUCCUUAUCCUCUCUGAAGACUGUAAAAGAGUGAGGCGGGGAGACAAAGCUCAAAAUCUGCCGAACAAUCCUGAGAGGUUUGACAAAUGGCCCUUUGUGCUGGGCCGUGAGGGGUUUUCUUCCAGCAGACACUACUGGGAAGUCAUUGUGGGAAGGGAGGAAAAUUGGGCAGUGGGGGUUGCCAGAAAGUCUUUGAAGAGGAAGGGCAAGGCCGCAGUCAGUCCCGAGGGAGGAAUUUGGGCUGUGGGGAGGUGGGAAGGCCGGUACUGGGCUCUCUGCACCCCCCAUCCCCCUCGCCCAUUUCUGUGGGGGGAACUUCAAACCAUCAGAGUGACUCUCGAUUUUGCUGGCGGGCGGGUGGCCUUUUUUGACGCAGACAGGGCAUCUCUUCUGUUUUUCUUCUUGGCAGCCUCAUUCUCCAAAGAGACCCUUCACCCUUUCUUUUGGUUGAACUCAAAAACCCACCUCAGACUCUCUCCCUAAAGACAGAUUCCCUCAUAGCGCCCUGUUGGCCACUAUGGUUCCAUCAUCUGUGACCGACCCUUCUUUGAGAUUCCUUCUUGUUCCCUGACAGACUUCUACCAGUUGUGGCAAUAAAAUACACAAAAUAAACAGGCAAUAAAGCCACAUUCCUUGUUGUUGCCCAGGGAGGCUGAGGUGACAUUUUAGGCGAAGGGUCAGGAGCCUCUUAUAAUUAAAGAGACAAACAGUGCCAAAAUCCAGAGCAAGCAAGUGACAAAAGAACCAGUAUUUUGAUAACCGAAAAUAUAAAACAUAACAUUAGCUGCAUCUGUGGCUGGUCAGGUAAAUGGCUCCCUAUCUCACCUCCUGGGACUUGGCUAUAGUGAUCCAUGCAAUGGUCACUUCCAGUUUGGUAAGAGCCAGUUUGGUGUAGUGGU